UUAUUUGGCCGUGGUUAGCGAAUCAUUUGCUGCGCCUCUGAACUCUGUGAGAAUUUGGAAAAAUUUCUUUUGAUUAGAAGGAAAGAAAAAAACACGGAACCAUUUUCUUCUAUUGUAAUUGUGGGUCUUCUCGACCCUCUGUGGCUAUUGGAAUCGGUUUCGUUAUUUUCAUUUGCUAUUUACGCGAAAAAAUGUCAAAAACUGCCUCAAGCUGUGUUAUUUGUGGCAUAAAAAUAGAAUUUCGCGAGCGAUUGUGUAAAACAAAGAAAUCUAUCAAAGUAUAAGAGUAAAAGGUGGGAGUUGUAUAUCUUGUGUGUAUGUUUUGGUCACCUUCGCCUUCGUGCGGCGCGGCGCUUUUAACAAACAACAAAAGGAAAAAAAAAACGAAAAGGAAAAGCAAUUGUGUUUUGCUAUAAGAAAAUCCAAAAGGAUAUUAAAGUGAAGUGAAAACAAUAGCUAAUUGUGGUGUUAAAUAAUUAUUGACAUCGAUUGCUUGGUGUUGCACUCUCUGUUUUGCUCGGCUCCACACACUCUCUCUCCCUCCCUCUGUUCGAGUUGAGCUAACCGAACAGACAAUUAUUUUGUAAAUUUGUGGCCUUUCCUGUAUCAAUUUGUGGCCAUCGUCGAAUUUCGGCUAUUGUGACGGCGAUUUUACAAACGCCGCCGGCAAAGUGGAUCCCCGAGGUUUAGGACCCCAGGACUAUGCCGGCAUGGUUGGUUUGCCGGGCAGUAGUGCUGGGGUUGUACAAAAUGGUGGACCGGGCAUGGGUGUGCCACCCGUUGGUCCGGGUGGUCAUAUGUAUCCGGGCGUUGGACCACAAGAUAUUCGCGAUAUUGUCCAAAUGCCUCCACCACCACCCUCGAAUGCACCCACAUCGGCCGAUGCUUGCCUGAGCAUUGUCCAUUCGCUGAUGUGCCAUCGUCAGGGCGGUGAAAGUGAAGGAUUUGCCAAACGUGCCAUUGAAUCGCUGGUCAAAAAACUCAAAGAGAAACGCGACGAAUUGGAUUCAUUGAUAACCGCCAUUACAACCAACGGUGCACAUCCCAGCAAAUGUGUUACAAUCCAGCGUACUUUGGAUGGACGCUUACAGGUUGCCGGGCGCAAAGGCUUCCCACAUGUCAUCUAUGCUCGUAUUUGGCGCUGGCCGGAUUUGCACAAGAACGAAUUGAAACACGUUAAAUAUUGUGCAUUUGCUUUUGAUCUCAAGUGUGAUUCGGUUUGUGUGAAUCCGUAUCAUUAUGAACGUGUCGUUUCGCCGGGCAUUGAUUUGUCCGGUCUCAGUCUGCAAUCGGGGCCAAGUCGCCAUGUUAAAGAUGAAUACUCAGCUGGGCCGCUGGUGGGUGGUAUGGACAUUGAUGGCAAUGAUAUUGGGACAAUACAGCAUCAUCCAUCACAAAUGGUGGGGCCACCAGGCGGAGGUUAUGGCUAUCCCCAGGGACCGGUUAAUGACCCGAAUCACAUGAAUGCCGCCGCAAUGUAUGCCGCUGCAGCAGCAGCUGGUCGUACGAUACCAAAAAUUGAACCAAAUGAGGCAGGUCCACGUAGUUCGUGGAUGGUGCCACCACCGCCACGGCUGCAGCCACCUCAGGUGGGCCCUCAAGUACCGCCAACACAACAGACACAGCAGCAACAACCACAAACUGUGGUACCGCCACAGUCAGCCACACAACAACAACAGCAGCAGCAUUCAACACAAACGCAACAACAACAUUCACUUUCUGUUGGCCAUGGCAUGGGCAUGCCAGGUCCCAUGAAUCCCGGCCCUGUAAUGGCACCACCCCAACCACAAAAUCCUCAGGGUAAUGGCCAUGUGGUGGGCCCCCAUCAUGGCCCACCCACAAAUUCUCCCAAUGAUCCUACUGGACUAGGAAUGCAACAGCCACCCCAGGCCGGCCCCACCAUGUCGGCGGCCAAUGGUGGCCAAGUGGCUCCAGAUGCCAGCGGUUAUUACGGUACACCCAGCACCUCACAAAUGCCGAAUGUGGCUGAUGCUAAAUUCAAUGCUGCCCUUAACAGUGGUGCUGGACCUGGAGGUGGUGGUGGUGGCGGCGGCAAUGUACAGCAACAACAACAGCAACCCAUAUCCCCGCAUAUGCAACAAAACGGCUUCGUACCAGGUGGAGGAGGAGGAGGAGGCGGCGGAGGCACCGGCGGUGGUGGUGUUGUACAGGGUGGUGGCCAACAACACAACUAUGCUCAACAGGUGCAAGGUCAAAAUGCUCAAAAUGCCAAUCAACCAAAUGCCACAGGUGGUGGUGGUGUUACGGGCAAUACGGCAUCACCGGCGGGUACAUGGACUGGAUCGUCAACCCUAACCUAUACACAGGCCAUGCAGCCGCCUGAUCCCAGGACUCUGAUGCCAGGAGGUUAUUGGAACAACAUAAAUGUCAUGCCCCAACAGGAACCUCCACGUUUAUUGUCACGCCAACCACCUCCCGAAUAUUGGUGUUCAAUAGCCUACUUUGAAUUGGAUACUCAGGUUGGUGAGACAUUUAAAGUACCCUCGGCCAAGCCGAAUGUCAUUGUCGAUGGCUAUGUUGAUCCAUCGGGUGGCAAUCGUUUCUGUUUGGGUGCCCUCAGUAAUGUGCAUCGGCAGGAACAAUCGGAGAGGGCAAGAUUACACAUUGGCAAGGGUGUCCAAUUGGAUUUGAGAGGCGAAGGUGAUGUUUGGUUACGUUGCCUUAGUGACAAUUCGGUGUUUGUACAAAGUUACUAUUUAGAUCGUGAGGCUGGCCGUACGCCCGGUGAUGCUGUACAUAAAAUUUAUCCAGCGGCAUGUAUUAAGGUAUUUGACUUACGUCAAUGUCAUCAACAAAUGCACUCACUAGCCAGUAAUGCUCAGGCGGCAGCUGCUGCCCAGGCCGCCGCUGUGGCCGGCCUACCCAGUUCCCAGCUGGGAGCGCCGCCCAGAAAUAUUUCUGCCGCCGCCGGCAUUGGAGUCGAUGAUUUGCGACGUCUAUGUAUUUUACGUUUAAGUUUUGUAAAAGGUUGGGGACCUGAUUAUCCACGACAAUCGAUCAAAGAGACACCUUGUUGGAUCGAGGUGCAUUUGCAUCGUGCUCUGCAAUUAUUGGAUGAAGUUUUGCAUACAAUGCCCAUAGAUGGUCCAAGGGCGCUUGCCUAGAAUCUUAAGCUAAAUUAACAAAACAAAAAACACAAGACAAAAAUAACAAAUAGAACAAAACAAAAAGGGCAACAACAACAGAAUUAAAUUUAUAAUAUAUUUAAAAAAAAAACAUUGAGAACCAUAAUUUGUUCAAUUGUUGUUGAAAAAAAGCAAAAGAAAAACAUAUAUUUAUAAGCAAGAAGGAGAAGAAGAAGAAAAAAACAAUCAAUUAAACAAAAAGAGAGAACAGAGAACAUAAGUUAAACGAAAAAAACAAAACAAUUCUUAAACUAUUUUAAAUAUGUAAUGCUAUUAUAUUUUUUAUAACAAUUGUUUAACUUUAGUUUAUAUAUUUUUUUAUUUUUAUUAUAUUAUAUAUAUUAUGUUUAUGUUUUAUAUUUUAUAUAUACAUAUUAUAUAAUUCUUAUUAAUUCUUUUUUUUAUCAAAAACAAUGCCUUUGAUAAUUGCUUUAAAAAAAAGUUUAAACUUUUAAAAACAAAACAAACAAAAAACAAAACAUGAAAAUACAAUAACAAACCAACAAAUAAAACACAAAACAGAAAAACAAAUUUUCUUAAAAAUAUUCUUAA